AUGAAACCUGAACCUCGGCCUUCUGGCUGCUUCAAAGCGGUCGUUAGGCUCAGCAACGCCGCCGCCUCCACCCGGACACCUCCACCCGGGCACCUUCACCCGGGGCCUCCACCCGGGCACCUCCACCCGGGCACCUUCACCCGGGGCCUCCACCCGGGCACCUCCACCCGGGCACCUCCACCCGGGGCCUCCACCCGGACACCUCCACCCGGGCACCUUCACCCGGGGCCUCCACCCGGACACCUCCACCCAGACACCUCCACCCGGGGCCUCCACCCGGACACCUCCACCCGGGCACCUUCACCCGGGCACCUCCACCCGGGCACCUUCACCCGGGGCCUCCACCCGGGCACCUCCACCCGGGGCCUCCAUCCGGGGCCUCCACCCGGACACCUCCACCCGGGCACCUCCACCCGGGCACCUUCACCCGGGGCCUCCACCCGGACACCUCCACCCAGACACCUCCACCCGGGGCCUCCACCUGGACACCUCCACCCAGGCACCUUCACCCGGGGCCUCCACCCAGGCACCUCCACCCGGGGCCUCCAUCCGGGGCCUCCACCCGGACACCUCCAUCCGGGCACCUCCACCCGGGGCCUCCACCCGGACACCUCCACCCGGGCACCUUCACCCGGGGCCUCCACCCGGACACCUCCACCCAGACACCUCCACCCGGGGCCUCCACCCGGACACCUCCACCCGGGCACCUUCACCCGGGGCCUCCACCCGGGCACCUCCACCCGGGCACCUUCACCCGGGGCCUCCACCCGGGCACCUCCACCCGGGGCCUCCAUCCGGGGCCUCCACCCAGACACCUCCAUCCGGGCACCUCCACCCGGGGCCUCCACCCGGACACCUCCACCCGGGGCCUCCACCCGGACACCUCCACCCGGGCACCUCCACCCGGGGCCUCCAUCCGGGGCCUCCACCCGGACACCUCCACCCGGGCACCUCCAUCCGGGCCUCCACCCGGACACCUCCACCUGGCACCUCCACCGGGCCUCCAUCCGGGGCCUCCACCCGGACACCUCCACCCGGACACCUCCACCCGGGCACCUCCACCCGGGGCCUCCACCCGGACACCUCCACCCGGGCCUCCACCCGGACACCUCCACCCGGCACCUUCACCCGGGCCUCCACCGGACACCUCCACCCAGACACCUCCACCCGGGGCCUCCACCCGGACACCUCCACCCGGGCACCUCCACCCGGGGCCUCCACCCGGGCACCUUCACCCGGGGCCUCCACCCGGGCACCUCCACCCGGGGCCUCCACCCGGACACCUCCACCUGGGCACCUUCACCCGGGGCCUCCACCCGGGCACCUCCACCCGGGGCCCCAUCCGGGGCCUCCACCCGGACACCUCCACCCGGGCACCUCCACCCGGCCACCUCCACCCGGGGCCUCCACCCGGACACCUCCACCCGGGGCCUCCACCCGGGGCCUCCACCCGGACACCUCCACCCGGGCACCUCCACCCGGGGCCUCCACCCGGGCACCUCCACCCGGGGCCUCCAUCCGGGGCCUCCACCCGGACACCUCCACCCGGGCACCUCCACCCGGGGCCUCCACCCGGGGCCUCCACCCGGACGCCUCCAUCCGGGGCCUCCACCCGGGCACCUCCACCCGGACACCUCCACCCGGGGCCUCCGGUCCGUCUGA